CGCAGGUUCGAACCCUGCUGUCGACGUUUUUUUUAUUUUUUUUUGGGGGGGAUUGGAUUCAGUUCCUAACCCUAGCACGGCAGGACUCGAAAUCCGGCACGCUACGUCAACCCAAGCCGACAAGGAUCCCCCUCCGCCCUCCGCCCCUAUCAAUUAAGUUCUAUCGAGCUAGUCCGCGCGCGGCUCCGAUUUGAUUGCUUCCGUUCCUUGCUGCUCCUCGAUUUGAUUGAUUGAUUGAUUCCGUGAGGUGAGGCAGCUUGACAAGGAAAUCGUCACCAUGGGGUCCAAAGCACCUUUCUUUCUCUUAGUCCUCUUGCUGCUCGUCGCCUGGGCACCAUCUGCACAAGCCAGGGAUGCUGAUCACAGCCCAAUCUACAAGGAACAUAUUCCUGUCCAUCUCAGGAGUAGCAGCCCACUAUGCUCAGGUUGUGAAAACUUCGCGAGUGAAGCUAUCAGUUAUCUCAGUGAGAAACAAACACAAGAUAAGAUCAUGGAAUUCCUUCAUGAUGCUUGUUCUCAGUCAUUCUCCUUGGAGCAGAAGUGUCUUGAAUUGAUGGACUCCUAUGCAACUCUCCUGUUUGCCAAGAUUACGGAGAUCAAGCCAGAAGAGUUCUGCAAACAGUAUGGCCUAUGCAGGGACACCGCCCUUUUCUCUGGUGUGCGAAGUGACAGUACUUGUGUGUUUUGCCACCACCUGCUUGAUGAAAUUAUGUCCAAACUGAAAGAUCCAGAUGCGGAGUUUGAGAUAAUUCAAAUUCUCAUCAAGGAGUGCAAUAAGAUCGAAGGUCAUGUUCAGCAGUGCAAGAGAUUGGUCCUGCAAUACGUUCCUCUCAUCCUGAUCAAUGGUGAGAAGUUCCUUGAGAAGAAUGAUGUGUGCGCACUCGUGCAAGCGUGUCCAGCCAGUCAAAAGACGUCAGCCAGCUCAUUCUUGGACGAGGGAUUGGUGAGUGAUGCAUGAAGAUUGGAAGAUUACACAAAGAGCAAGAGGAUCGUGAAAAUAGUACAGUAUUUGUUUGUACAUAAGGCGAUAAACCAUGGCUUCUGUAUUCUUCUCCUCCUGCAUUCUUGGAAAUCCUUAUAUUGUGUAUACAAUUGUUUUUCAUGCCAAUCUGUCAAUUUCGUAUCCUGGUGCAA